AUGAAGUCCGCCAAAGCAGUUGUCUCUGAGAACCGCUAUGCUGCUGGUUUGGACCCUCCGCAGCUACCGUCGCGGACGAUAACGGGUUUGAAACGGUGGUCGAUUGCGAAUCGCGAGUUACCAGCGACCCCGCAGGUAAAAGCUAUUCAUGUAUACGACUUCGACAACACAUUAUUCUUGAGCCCUCUCCCCAACCCCCAGCUAUGGAACGGCCCGACCAUCGGAUUCCUACAAGCAUACGAGAGCUUCGCCAACGGAGGAUGGUGGCACGACCCCAAUCUCCUCGCAGCUACCGGAGAAGGACUGGAGAAAGAAGAACCACGCGCCUGGGAAGGCUGGUGGAAUGAGCAUAUUGUACGGCUGGUCCAGCUGAGCAUGCAGCAAAAAGAUGCCCUCACGGUUCUUCUGACGGGUCGGAGUGAGAAUGGCUUCGCUGACCUCGUCCGGCGUAUGGUGGAUAGUAAGAAGCUGGAAUUCGACCUUGUCUGCCUCAAGCCGGAAGUCGGGCCCAACAAUGAGCGAUUUGCAACUACCAUGGAGUUUAAGCAGGCGCUUCUGGAGAAUCUCAUUCUUACCUAUGAGCAGGCUGACGAGAUUCGCAUUUAUGAAGACCGUGUGAAGCAUGUCAAACGUUUCCGGGAAUGGCUUGAACAGCUUGAUCGGAGAUUACCAGCUCUACAAACCACCGGGUCAAGGCGCUUCCUCAAUUUUGAUGUGAUUCAGGUAGCUGAAGGUUGCACGUAUCUCUCCCCUGUAGUCGAAACCGCUGAGGCACAGCGCAUGAUCAACUCUCACAAUACCAUCAUCUCACGCAACCCAAGCCUCAACAUGACCAAGUCGCCAUUUGGCCGACUUUGCAUAAAACGCACCAUCUUCUAUACUGGGUAUCUGAUCUCCAACACGGACUCGAAUCUCUUGAUUGAUCAGUUAUUGCUCCCAAACCUGCCCCACGGGCUUGCUGAUUCCAAUGAUCUCAAAUAUAUGGCUAAUAGCAUACUAAUCACGCCGCGUCCUGCGCCCCGGUCCAUUCUGGACAAGGUUGGCGGGAUGGGCAAGAAGCUUAGCUGGCAGGUUACUGGGACGGCAGUGUAUGAGAAUAGGGUCUGGGCGGCUCGUCUGACUCCUAUACCUGCCCAUGAAAAAUACUACACUGACAACCCGUAUCCCAUUGUCGUCUUGGCGGUGCGCAGAGGCGCCCGUCCUAUUGACGCAGGAAAGAUUCAGAACUGGAACCCGGUGCCAGCUGAUCGCGCAUUGACUCUUGAUACAGUGGUCGGGGAGAAGGUUGUUCUGCGCGUGGAAGAAGAGAUUCCCAACGAAGGUGAAUGGGAAAGCCAGUUCACCAACAAGAACAAUAAGAGGCGUCACCAGCAGGAGCGUGAAGAGGAUACCCUAUACCCACAGUCGCGUCAGCAACCCAAUGGCUACACUGGACCGUCACCCAAUAGGCCGCGCCAUCAUGACGAUGGGCCCCGUCGUGGCGGGUAUCGCGGUCGAGGACGCGGCAAUGGGCCACGGGGACGAGGCUCUAACCGUGGAGGACGUGGUAGAGGCCGUGGACGUGAUACCGGUGCCCAUCCGUUCUAUAGGUCGCUUGACGACUAUGGACAUGAAGGAGGAGAUGACAAGCCGGGAUCGGGUGUGAUGAAUUACUAG